ACACUAAACAGCUCACCUCUUACCAACAAUGAAUAGCAUCAAAGCCGUGAUUGUCUGUUGCCUCGUGGUGGCCGUUUCCGCCGGUGUCGACCGAAAUAGAGGUGGACAAGGAUCCAACAGAUUCCUUCCUGGAGGCUUCGGUGGCGUCCACGGUGGCGGUCUCUUCGGAGGCGGAAUCCAUGGUGGCGGAAUCCACGGUGGUAGCGGUAUUAUCGGUGGUGGAGUCUCCAAUGGCCCAAGUGAAUGCAGAUAUUGGUGCAAGACUCCGGAGGGUCAAGCCUACUGCUGUGAGACAGUGCAUGAACCAGAAACACCUGUUGGUACCAAGCCACAGGAUUGCCCACAAGUCCGUCCCACAUGCCCACGUUUCCAUGGGCCCCCCACUACCUGUUCCAACGACUACAAGUGUGCUGGCCUCGACAAGUGUUGCUUCGAUAGGUGUCUGGGGGAGCACGUGUGCAAGCCUCCCUCAUUUUUCAAUAACCAUCUCCCAUUUUAAAUCUUAUGUCUAAUGAAUAAUCAGCAGUUUUCCUGAUAACCAAAGACAAAUAAGUAAUUUGUAAAUGUAGAUUUUAAUAAAACCAUAUAUGUUUAUAUCUACUUAAAUGAUUGAA